AUGUCCAAGUACGGCGACGGCGGCCCGUUCCCCAACAACCGCGGUCAACUUAUAUCUCCCCCUAACUCCGGAGGCUCGAAUGGAGGCCUGAACGGAUUCCCACCCGUCGCCCGGAGCGUCGGUGGCCCUUCUCCUCCGCCAUCUAUCGCCCGAUCGAGCCAAGGCACGAAUAUGUACGCGAGGAGCGAAAGCGGGAGGAGUACAAAGGAUGACCAGACGGAGGCCAUCCUCGGCGAACACUACCUAGCUCUACGGAGAUUCCUCAACGGCCGUAACGGCAGGACGACUGGUGCUACCGCCAAGGCCAAAGAUAAGCUUUUGCGCCUUACUAGUGUGCAGUUCGUCGAGCUUAGCACAGAUGUCUACGACGAAUUGAUGCGUCGCCAGGAUUCUCGCGCCCCUCCUUCCUUACCUGCGGAAAAUGGCUUCCACCCCAAGCGAAACCAGGCCCGUCAGAAGUUAUCAUCUCUCGGCCCCGACCGAUUCCAGAGCCUGGUUACCGACGUGUUCACCGAACUCGAGAGGAGAUUCCCCAAUUUUGUUGAGGGCGACAUCCCUCCUCGCAUGUCUAUCAGCCGUUCCGGAACCCCUGCAAAUGGCCUGCCGCCGAGGAAUGCCAGCAGGAGAAGACCUUCAGAUGCGAGUUCCGUCAGGGGUCCUGGUGGUGGCUAUGCUUACUCGAUACCUCCCUCGCCAAGCCUCGCUCCUGGCGAGUUUGGGCGUCCGCUUCAGAAGCAGUUCCAGAGUAAUACCAUCGUACCGAACAAGAGCACCAUGGUGGAGGAAGAUGACGAUGCCGAAGACCGGGAGCCCUUUGCGGCGAUUCGCCGUGCGCCGACUGGCUUAAACGAUCCAAGGCCGGACACCCAGGCAAGUCCGGUGCAGUCGGAGACGGAUAAGAGACUCAUCGAGGAUUACCAGGUUCAGGUACAAGAGCUUCGCGAAAAGCUCGAUAGCAUGGAAGACGACAUGAAGAGGAAGGAUGACGAAAUGAACCGCAUGCUUGACGAUGAGCGGUCAAGAUCUAGUGCCGCCAAUAUGGAAAAGAAGGAGUGGGAUGAUCUACGUGUAAGCCUCGAGAAGAGGCUUGCCGAGGCGCAAGAUCUCAACGACUCUCUACGAGACGAGAUUGAACGUCUGCGGUCCGACCACGCGAGUGAGACGAGGGAGUUGAGGAAUCAGCUCGCCGAUAUGGACGAUAGGAUAGAUCAGGAGCGCCGAGCCGCAGCAGCUGCUGCUGCCGCCGCCGCUACUUCCGCCCCCGCCAAUUCGGGCAAUGCCGACCGAGAACUACAGCGCGAGAACCAGGAGCUUCAAGAGGCCUUGCGCGAACAGCAGGCUGUCACCGAAGAAGUGCGUCGUAGCGCCCAGGAGGCUCUGAGAGAAAUGCGGGAACUGUCCCAGCAGAGCAGCUCUACAUACGAGCGACAGGAGGAUCUAGAAAGGACGGUAGAGCAGCUCGAGCAGGAAGUUAGGGACUGGAGGAACCGAUACACUCGGGCCAAGACGCAGCUCCGAAGCAUGCGCGCUUCGUCGCUCGGACUUCCCGCAGAGAGGGAUGCGACCAAGUAUUUGCGAGAGCGGGGUCUUACGGCGGAUAAUGGUCUGGUGAAGGACGUCCACGUUACCAAGUUCCAGGUUGCUAUCGAUGACACUCUACAGCAGGCGCGAACCGACAUGCCUGAGAAGGUGAUGGAUGCCAUGAAAGCAGCGAUUGUUGGUGUACGGAGGAUAACCAAGGACAUUGAUGAGACCGGUGCCUCGUCAAGGAAUGACGACUUCGCGCAACAGAUAUCGAAGGCGAAGGGCAAGGUUUCCGGGGCUGCGAAUGCCUUUAUCACCGCGGCCAAGAACCAUGCCAACUCGGCCGGUAUUUCUCCCGUUUCCAUCCUCGACGCUUCGGCAUCCCACCUUGUUGCGGCUAUUGUUGAGCUGCUGCAGAUGGUAAAGAUGCGGCCAACUCCCGCUGGCGAACUGGAAGACGAAGAUGAUGAUGGCACAGUAACGCCACUGGACUCGUCCACUGGGUUCUUCUCUCCGCAGAGCUCGAGGCAAGAAUCCAUGACGACUCAGGAGUCCCUACCCCCUCCCCCGGCGCCACCGUUCCGAGGAUUGGGAGGCUCUCGCUUGAGUGCCGACUCGUCUGCCUACAGCCCCGUCAACUCUCCCCGAGAAUCGAGGGACCAGACUUUUAGCCGACCACCAAUGAACAUGAAUGGAAUCGGCGGCAUGGGUCGGAUCGACGAGAUGAACGGAAAUGGAAUGAACGGCAACUACUAUGAUACGAACAAGAACCUCCCACCGCCACCGGCUGGUCCUUACGACAACCUACCCUCGCAAUACGGACAGUCCGACGACUUGAAGAUCUACCUCGAAGACCAGACUGCACUCCUCGUGUCGAGCAUUCAAAACCUCGUGGGCUCCAUCCGCAGCAGCGCGUCUCUCGAGCAGAUCACGGACCAGAUUGAGGCUAUCGUCGGUGUCGCGGGCAAGGUCAUCGGCGAGACGCAGUCGAGUGGCAACGCGCAGCUCGUGGUGCGUCUCGAAGCCAGCCGCGACAAGCUGCUCAACGCCAACAAACAAGGUCAGACGAUCGCGGCCAAGGGCAAGGGCCCCAACGACAGGGAGUGGAAGAUGUGGACCCAGAACCUACCGCCCAUUGCGUUUGAGCUUGCGAGGGAGAUGAAGGAGUUGGUGCAAAACGUCGAUCAGCUGGCCAUUCCCAACGGCGAUGACUUUUCUUGA